UCGCCGAGGGGAAUGAGAAUUCAUAGGAACGGCUCGUCGAGUUUGUGGUUAAACGCGAGCUUUUUAGCGAAUCGUCGCACGAUCUCUUCGUCCCGGCCGAGUCCGGCGUUGUUCUGCUGGAGCCGGUUCUCGAUCUUAUUAUUUCGAGGGAUUCCGUGUCUGCCAUGUCGAUUCGAGCUGUAUAUAGAUUGAAAAUUAAGCAUCAGUAAUCGUAAAGAUUCUUAAGAGCUCGUUCGUAUAUAUAUGUGUAUAUAUAUAAAUUAAUUAAGUUUCUAAUCUCGCCCGUAAGAAUGAAGCUCAAAAGCUCACCUCGUAACACGCAAGAAGCUCGUAUUAUUAAAUCAUCCUCUCGCCUGAUGAGUAGCGCCACCGUAACUAUACCGCACAGAACAGGUAUUGUGUAUACCGACCGAGCGCUGCUGCACGACACGAUAUUGAGAGCCUCUCUCCUGCCCUCCUAUCGUCUGAACUGCAAGCGCCGGCUGAUCGCGCAGCCUCUUUUUGAAUUCGAGUUUCUCCGGUAUUACUUAUACGUACAGCGUUAUUGCAAACUUAUACUCAAUUUUCCGGAUCUGGGUCUGACAAACGCGAGGGACAUUUCACCUGCUCGAGGGAAUCACCUCUUCUGAUGCGGCGUCAUUUUGCCUGAAACCAAGUGCAGAUAAGUUGCAGUCAAAGGGUGCACUACUGAGAGAAAACAUGCUUUCCAAUCGCAUAGUUCGUUUCAUCAGCACAAGCAACAUUCUGUGGCAGUCGCCGAACAAGUCUCUCUUGGCAAAGCUGCGAAAGAAGACAGGAUACACUUUCGCUAACUGCAAGAAGGCAUUGGAGCUUCAUGAGAAUGACUUGGAAAAGGCAGAACAGUGGUUGAAGGAGCAAGCACAGCAAUUGGGCUGGUCAAAAGCUGAAAAAUUACAAGGCAGGUCAACUAGCCAGGGCCUCAUUGCAGCAAUCGUUGACAAGAAUCAUGGUUCUCUCAUCGAGAUAAACUGUGAAACAGACUUUGUAGCGCGCAAUAAACAGUUUCAUGGAUUGGCAGAUAUUGUUGCUUCAGCUGUGCUAAAGCAUACUGUCAGUGUGGCAUCCGAUGGUCUCUACAAUAAAGCAAUUUUGGAUGCAGAUGCAUUGAAAGCACUGAAAGCACUCGAUGGAAAGCUAUUAGCUGAUCACUGUGCACUGACCAUUGGUACUCUUGGAGAAAACAUAGGAUUGAGGCGUGCUCUGUGCAUGAAUGUGCCAGACGACGUUAUAUUGACUGGAUACACACAUCCCGCUCCAGCGGAAGCUGGGCCUAUCACUUAUGGAAGAUAUGGAGCCUUAUUAGCGUAUAAAACCGAAGAAACCCAAGAAGACAUUGGAAAACAAUUGUGUCAACACAUUAUUGGUAUGAAUCCUACUAAAAUCGGUGAUCCAGAAGUAGAUCAACCACAGAAAAAUUCUGACGAGGAAACGGCGUUGAUCCAUCAAGAAUUCCUUCUCGAUCCAAGCAUGACUGUGCAACAGUUACUGGCAGAAACGAAAACGCAAAUUUUAGAUUUUGCUAGAUUUGAAAUGGGAGAAGUUGUUGAAGGACAGCAAAGCCUGGACGCAGUCGAAACUGGAGGUUAAACCUGUUGUAUAUAGAAAGUUAUUUUUAAUUACUCUUUAAUUCAAUAAACUGUUACAAACAAAAAGCAUAUUUAUUCUGUAGAACGUUAGCCAAGCAAUGAAUAGACUUUUACAAACUGAUUUCUGUUAAAGCUUUUAUUAAAAAAUGUUAAAUGUUAAAAAAA